GGGAACCUCACUUUGUUCCACUACAUCAUGCCCGAUCCGCCCACCACCACCACACCGAGCAGACAUCUCCUCCUGCUCCACCGCGACAAUGGAUAAACUCACCGACAAGAUCGCCGCCCUCCCGCCCGACGCCACCUACUUCUCGCUCGAGUUCUUCCCGCCGAAAACCCAGCAGGGCUUUUCUAACCUCAAUGCCCGCCUCUCGCGCAUGGCGCAUUCGCUGCGCCCGCUCUUCGUCAAUGUAACAUGGGGUGCUGGCGGCAGCACAUCUGUCAAGUCGCUGGCUCUGGCAGAGGUCACGCAGCGGGAGUUGGGCUUGACAACAUGUUUGCACCUGACAUGCACGAAUAUGUCGAGGAAACUCAUUGAUGAGGCAUUGGACCAGGCGAAAGUGCUGGGCAUCCGAAACAUACUGGCUCUGCGUGGUGAUCCACCCAGAAGUGAUGAAUACAGGGACGACAGCUUGCCAGAUGCUGGUGAGGACGACAGCAACAAGGACUUCACAUGGGCUGUAGAUCUCGUGCGCUACAUACGGAAGCAGUACGGCGACUACUUCUGUGUUGGUGUAGCAGGAUACCCAGAGGGACACUCAGACCAGUCACACCCAGAACAUCAAUCUGUCGAGCAUGACCUGCCCUAUCUCGUGGAGAAGACGGCGGCUGGCGCAGAUUUUAUAAUGACUCAACUUUUCUACGAUGUUGGCGCAUACCAGAAGUACGAAAAGCGAUUGCGAGAGCACGAGUCGGGCCUGUUCAAGAAGAUACCAAUCAUACCUGGUCUCAUGCCAGUGCAGAGCUACCAGAUCCUGCGUCGCACGACGAAGCUCAGUCACGCUGCGCUGCCGCAGGAGAUCCUCAAACGAUUUGAAGCAGUCAAGGGUGAUGACGAGGCUGUCAAGAGAGUAGGUGUCGAUGUGCUCAGUGAAAUUGUGGACACGAUGAAGCAUUCCGAAUUUGCAGGCCCUCGCGGAUUCCACUUCUACACAUUGAACCUGGAGAAAGUGGUCACGCAGAUUCUGGAACGGAAUGAUCUCAUCCCACCAUCUACGCCGGAGGUGGAGCUAAAUCUGGAAAACCAAGCUGUUGCGGUAGAGGAGACAGAUGAUUUUGUCAUUGUCGAAGACGCCAAGAAGCAGCAGCAUCGCAGGAAGUCAUCAAUGGCUAAUUCAAAUCCUCGGAAUCGAGUCAUCAUAUCGCAUACGCGGGCAUCAAGUACGAGCAGUAAUCGACCUGCUUCCGCUUAUGAGGCGUUUGAUGACGAAGCUGGUGUGCCCAAAGAAAAGAUCAACAGCCGCGCCAACACUCUUGCCAUCUCAGAAGGGGAAGGCGCUUUGGGGCGGGAAGCCACCUGGGACGAGUUCCCCAACGGCAGAUGGGGUGAUGCGAGAUCGCCCGCGUACGGGCAGAUAGAUGGAUAUGGUGUCAGUCUCCAUGUCAGCGUGCCAGAGGCCAGGAAGCUAUGGGGCGAGCCGAAGUCUGUGGAAGACAUCUCAGCAUGUUUCCGUCGACAUCUCGAGGGCGAGAUUGACAGCAUGCCUUGGUCUGAGGAAACUUUACAACCGGAGACGUUGACGAUCAAGAACGAGCUUCUCAGCUUGAUCAACAAAGGAUGGUGGACUGUCGCUUCUCAGCCAGCAGUGAACGGCAUCCGAUCUACGGAUCCUGUUUUCGGAUGGGGUCCUAGAAACGGAUUUAUCUUCCAGAAGCCUUUCGUGGAGUUCUUCAUUCCAAAUGAUGAAUGGCAGAAGUUGCAGACAAGACUGAUCGAGAACCCUCAGAUCACAUACUUUGCCGGUAACGCAAAGCACGAAUUCUUCAGCAACGAUACCGACUCUGUGAACCCGGUAACCUGGGGCACUUUCACGGGCAAAGAGAUCAUUACCCCCACGAUUAUCGAGGCGGUGUCAUUCAAAGCUUGGUGUGAGGAAGCUUUUGGCAUAUGGAAUGAAUGGCAACGGGUUUACAAGCCCGGAUCGGAGAGCAGCAAGCUACUUGAGCGCAUUCGCAAGGACUACUGGUUGGUCAGUGUGAUUCAUCAUGGUUUCCUGGAGCCGGGAGCUUUGUGGAACGACUUGUUAGAUGAGAACAGCAAUGGGGUAUGAAGUGAUGAUGGCGCA